AUGGUCUCGGCGCAGUACCUCGGUACCGAGAAACCCCCGCCGUUGUUGGCGUCGGACUGCGUCAGAGUCUUGGCGAACGACGCCGGCUUCUCCUGCUCGCCAUCAGCCGCCACCGCGGCAUCAUCCUGGACAUUGCCAUCCGCGUCCGUGUCGCCAAGUGGGGCGAGGCGGAUCCUUGCGAAGACCUCGUUGGUGUGUGUGUCGGCCAUGUACAGUACGGCAGCGACGCGGCAGGGCACGAGCGCUGGGACACGCGCCGCGGAGAGAUCGGCCCCAGCGUCUAGGCCAAGCGCGUGCUCGGCGUGGCCUUGCGGGAAGUAG